AUGGCGGCCGUAUGCCUCAACAAGGGCAAUGAGUGCAUCUACCGACCAAGCAGGCGUGGCGGGCCUCGGGUCAGAAAGAAGCAAAUCAGCCCAAAGCCAGAUCCCGAGCAACACGCCGUCGGGGAUAUUGACCCUGCUUUACAAGAACCUUUGCCUCUUCAACUUGAAAACUAUGUCGACCCUGGCGCCGGACUGAGGCAGAUCCAGGAUGUCCCUGGGGAUAGCGACUUCAUAUUCGAUACUCUCUUCAUGACAGACGUCUCCGGCUUGAACUUUGCAGACGUGGACUUCAGCACCGGGAUGCCUCUUGUGCCUCCACCUAGCCCGAUGGCAAGAACCUACCGUACCAGUCAAGAUAUCUUGGAGGCAUAUUACAUAUGGAUACAUCCUUUCCUUCCCAUUUUGCCUCCGCCGGAGACCUCCUCACAUGCCGAUAGGGUCAAGCCGUUGGUGCAACAAAAUGCAAACGACUUUGCAUCAGAUCUUGAGCCAUCAACGCCGCUGACUUUGGCCAUAUCCGCCAUUCUUGCUCUAAUCCCAUGUGCAGAAGAUACCAACUACCUGAGUUCCGAGUCAAUAGUGUUCCGCCGUAAGUAUGCACAAUACCUAGCACAGGCGACCGUCGAGGCCAUCGAGAUGGAGAACGAAAUCCCGAACUCUUCGGUCGAGCCAUCCAAGGCAUUGGAUGAACCAGCAGGCCUUGUUCCUAACAGAGAGCCUUUCCACCCGCGGUUACCUAUUGAGCUGGAAUCCAUUGUUGCUCUGGACAUGCUCAGUGUCUACGAGUACGCUCAAAGAGGCAAUAUGCGCAAGAUGCAGAGUAGAGCUACGCAAGCCUUUGCCACAGCCAUGAUGAACUUCUCUCUGCACUCUAGGGGCGCAGAAGAAGACUAUUUUGCGGAGGCAAGGCGGAGGGUAUGGUGGAUGACGUUCCUAUGCAUGUGCCAAGCUUGCAUUGUGAGCAACACAUCUCCAUCCUUUGAUUGUUUCUCGCCUACCUUUACCACCACGUACCCGACCUUGGAUGUUGAUGCAGAAGCAUGGCCAGCCUUGAUACACUCGCAACAAGCUAUUCUGGCAGCAACAGAGUUUGUCAUCCUACGAAACAAGACUGUCAAGGCAAACGGCGACAUGGGCCCGAUAUCACGAAAGAUGAGAGAGCUGGAGACUUAUAUCGGCCCUCUUGUUGAGGAAUCCGAGAAAUGGACGCUUGGUGGGUCGCUGACCACCCAGGUCGACACGGAAGAACACAUUCUUGCCCGCUCGCUGAAGGCAAUGGCACGGAUCAAGCUGAACAGCGCUCGGAUCAAGAUACACAGGUACUGUGCCUUCUACGAUCUCCCCGUCUUCUCUGCGAAACACUGCGACCUACGAUCAACCGGUGACCUGAACGGACAAGACUCCAGGGUCUGGGUGGCUUGCGGUCACAGUCCCAUCAGUGGAAGCAGCCCGGCUAAUUCAGCCGACUCGGCCAACUCGCCGGCCUUGUCAGCCCAGUCGACAUCCAUAGCUAGUGAUGUGUCAGGAGGUCGGCCGGUCUCCCCUACAAGCCAACCAUUUAGCAGCCACAUCUCGGCCAAGAUCUGCCUGCGGUCUGCGCUCGCCAUCGCUCAGGGCUUCGACAACCUCCCCUAUCCAAACCCGUCGGGCAACCUGGCAGGUCAAGAGCUUCCGUUCCUGUCACCCACAUCCUCGGUGAUAGCGCCCCGGACGAUGCCGUCGUUUGCGUGUUGCGCCAUGCAGAGCGCCUACUCACUCCUCAUGAUCUUCCAAAGGACGCAGGCACGGUUUCCACAGGGCAAUGGCAACCUCAUGCUUGUGAGCAGCAUGCUUGUGCAGUUACAGCAGGGCUUGACUUCGAUAUCGGCCGUCCUGGAAAACUAUGCCACAGCUUUCGAGGCUUUGGGUGGCAUGCGAGGUGAGGACCCCCAAUAG